CUGAUCGCGUUUUCCCCUUUUUCUUUGCUGUACACUCACGCGCGUCGAUAUGAAGGGAGAAUUGGACAAGAAUAUGGUGUCCCAGGACGUCGGCAUCGACGCGACCGACCAGGAUGAUUGGGACAUGCAGCGCCUAGGAAAGACCCAACAGUUCAAAAGAAACUUCCGUUUUUACUCGAUCUUAGGUUUCACGACGACAUUGAUGGCCACAUGGGAGUCGAUUCUGCUCACGAGUACCUACGGCCUGACCGAUGGCGGACGAGCCGGUAUGGUCUAUGUAUAUAUUGGAUCGUUUGUGGGAUUUUUCUCCGCCGUGAUCUCCAUGGCCGAGAUCGCCUCCAUCUCCCCAACAUCCGGUGGACAAUACCACUGGGUCAGUGAAUUCGCCUGGCCGAGAUGUCAACGAUUCUUGAGCUAUCUCACCGGAUGGCUUUCGGUGCUAGGCUGGCAAGCUGCUUUUGCUAGUAUUUGCUACCUCUGCGGUACUCUGAUUCAAGGACUACUCGUCUUCAACUACUCGGAUCCCUCCGGUUGGGUGUACGGCUUUGAGCGCUGGCAUGGGACACUGCUGACCAUCGCUAUCGCCGCCGUCGGAACUGUGGUAAAUACCUGGGGCUACAAGAUUCUCCCUCCCAUGGAGGGCCUCAUCCUCGCCAUUCACAUCUUCGGUUUCGUCGUUGUCGUUGUCCUGAUGUGGGUCAUGUCUCCUGGACAGGCCUCUGGGGAUUCUGUCUGGAAGGAGUUCACAAACUCUGGGGAAUGGCCGAGCAUGGGACUCGCGUGUCUGGUGGGUCAGCUGACUCCGAUAUUCUCCUGGACAGGCCCGGAUGCUGCUACACAUAUGGCCGAGGAGGUCCAGAAUGCUGCCUUGGUGGUCCCGUGGUGUAUGGUUUCGACCGCUUUGAUCAACGGCGGUCUCGGCUUCAUUAUGCUAAUUACCUUGCUAUAUAAGAUGGGAGACUUAAAGGAUGUGCUCGCCCCGGCGAGUGGAUUCUCCUUCCUCCCGGCAGUUAAUCAUGCCACCGGCUCCGUGGCUGCCACCAAUGGUGUGGCUGCUAUCAUACUUGUGAUGGAAGUCUGCAGCGCCAUCGGUAUUCUUGCGACAGUCUCUCGCCAGACCUUUGCUUUUGCCCGCGAUGAUGCCUUGCCGUUCUCUAAGCAUCUGGCUCACGUGAACCGACACUCUCAAAUCCCCAUCUGCUCCGUGUUGGUAUCGACCAUUAUUACCGUGCUGCUGAGCUUGAUCAACAUCGGAUCUACGGCCGCGUUCAACGCUGUCGCAUCCGUGAUGAUCGCUGCACUUUUCACCACUUACAUCUUGCCGAUUGCCGCUGUCAUUCGGGUCCGUUUUCAGCCGGGUGGUAUUCCCCCUUCGCGCUUUUCACUCGGUAUCUUCGGGUUGCCGAUCAAUGUCUUCUCACUGGCUUGGCUUUGCUUUGCCAUCAUUUUCACCUUCUUCCCAACUGCCAAUAACCCGACCCCGGUGGAUAUGAAUUGGUCUAUCCUUGUCUUCGGAGCCGUGGUCAUCUUUGCAAUUGUUUUGUACAUUGUGCAUGGCCGCCGAGUAUAUCGUUCACCUGUGACGCAAGUGCGCAAGGUUGAAUAA